GAACAGUCAUCAUCAAAUGGGAAGCUACAAAUUUGACGUCGUUAUGUCAUGCGGUGGAUGCUCAUCUGCUAUCACCAGAGCACUUAACAAGGCAAAGGAGGAUCCUAACUUUGGUAUCUCUGAUUUCAAAGUCGAUUUAGAAUCACAAACUGUCGUAGUAGAUGGAUCAGCUAGCUUGAAAGAUGUAGAAGCAAAGAUUGCAAAAACUGGUAAAACAAUAAAGUCCUCUGCGGAAAUUUAAAUUUUUUAUAUUUGCAAAUGAACUGAUUUU